AUGGGUUACACUCACUACUACACCAUCCACAAUACCGAUAGCGUUGAAUGGCAAACCGCAUGGUCUCAACUAGUCGCCGACGCCCAGAGAAUCGUCAACGUAUCCGGCAUAUCGCUCGCUGGCCCUGGUCGGGAGGAACACUCCCGUCCCAUCAUCAACGAGGAGGAUGGAAUCAUGCUGAAUGGAGUUGGGCAAGAUGGCCACGAGCCUCUGUGCAUUGACAAACAUGGGGUCGCAAAUUUUGGGUUUAUCAAAACAGCCCGCAAGCCGUACGACGCGGUGGCUGCCUGCAUUUUGCUGAGAGCCUGGGUGUUGGCCCCGAAUUGUAUCGAGGUGGAGUAUGGUGAACGAUAUAUCGAGACGGUCCGGGAGUAA